GGCAGCUAGACAGAUGUAAGCUAGCACAGAUAUAAAUUAGACAAAGAAACCUUGUGAAGAGACUGAGUGAAAAAGAGUUUAAAGUAACGGAGGGUGAAAGGAGCGACUGUGACACAAAGCUAUAUGCGUUAUUCGAUAUAUAUGGAAGUAUGAAAUUGAAAGGUACGCCACCACUAUGUCUUUUUAAACUUUUUGUGAGCAGUCAGUGCAGAGAUUAGCUUUGGCUAGCUGCUAGUUAGCCGCUGUUGUUUUCCCACCAGCAGAUUGUACCAAAACGUGAGGGUUUGAGUUAGCUUGGUUAGUUAGCAUCCUGUCACAGGAAUCAGUGGAGGCCCUUUGUUUUACACCGGGUGAUGCGGGGUGUAAACAGCACAUUACCAAUUCAACUUAAGGUGUCCUCAGCUAGUUUGUGUUGCAACAAUGAGUAACGUAAGUCAGCCUGGUAAUGUGUGGACAGAUUUAAUGGUAACAUGGUUUGUGCUAAGAUAGCUGAUCGGUGCUAGCUGCAUUUGCGGUACAACGUUAAGGCUAAAGUGAAGUUAACAUUAAUCUAGCUAGUGGGGACAUUCAUGUUAGCUUUGGUUAGCCAAAUACGUAUUGCUCAUAGAACUGACAGAUUCGCAGAAUGUAAUUGUUUUCCUUUUCAAAUCAACGCUACUAUUCUUGGGUACCGUUAGCUAAACUAGCUAACGUUGUAAAGGACGAGUGAAGUGAUAUCGUUAAGCGAUAAUAAUGAUUGUUUUGGAAAUGUGUGUUGACAAUGUAGCUGAUGUGUCGCUAACAUUGAGCUGUUGCUUUCUACUGAUAUAUCGAUGGUUUGUAGUCACAUCCGCGCGCAUCUCAAAUAGCGUAUAGGCUAAAGUAAGCUGUGACGUUAAGUAAAUAUAUGAUCGUAUAACUUUCAACUAAGUUGAUGCGAACUAGCUAGAUGCUUCUUCGGAUAGCAUCAUAUCUGUUGUUCUUUAAGGCGAGGCUGCACGACUCCAGCUAAUCUGUUAGCCAAACAAAGUUGCAGGUGAUUCUUGAGUUGGCUAAUUUAACAGACAGGCCGACAGUCAUUUCCUAGAGCAUACAAUAUAGCAUAACACAUACCAUCUAGCAUCCCUAAAGCUUACACUACCAACGUCUGUUAUCAAUCAACUAUCUAAACAUUAACUGUUGCCUUCAUUUUUAAAACAACGUUGCAUUGGCUAUUUUGAAAGCUCCAAUUUUCUAGGAAUAUCACUUUAUUGUCAGUUGGAUAAUUAAUGUCCCUAGAUAGAUAUGACAGGUCUGGUAUAUUGUUAGAUGUUUCAGUAUUGUUAGUGGAUACAAGGUUGAGCAAGUACAUGUGCUAUGUCUAAUAUAUGUUUGUUUAUUUGUCUUCCUAGAGUGGAACAUGAAGAUGGGGCCAUGAAGGAUCCUGUGAUAACUUAGAACAACUGCAUCUCUGUACAUUUCAACCAUUCAAGAGGUGAUUGGGAGGUUUCAUUUCCUUGCUGAGGCUGCAUGAUUUAGUUGUCAUAGUUAGGAUUAUAGCUAAAGGUGGUUCGGUUGCUGCAGUGUACUGCAAAAGAAGUUUAGCGUCAGGUCUGUUCAUUCAUUCCAACGACGAUACUUCAUGGGAUUUAUAUGCAAAGACACUAAAUGUCCUUGUUGUAGUCCCUGCUUACAUGUUUAUAAUUGCACAUUAUCUAACAAUUUAAAUAGUUAUAGUCUCUAACAGAAUCGUAACUUAAUACAAAGACGAGGGAAAGUUAUGUUUUAUGUAAACAAAGGGGAAAAAAAGCUGUAAAGUGGCAAAGUAAGUACACCCACACACACACACACAAAAACAAACGGUAAUUACAUGCGAGUUGAUUGUUGCUCUGAGAACCAGGGAUUCUGCAGUGUAUAUUGUAAAUCACAUGGCGGGACACUCGUACAGACAGUGAGUGAACUCUGGGGAAGAGAGCAGUAGUUUCAUCACUUCUCUGCCUUCAUAUCCUCUCGGCAUAGAGACACUUUUUUUGUGAUUCUUGCAUCAUGCAAGUCAUUUGUCUUUGUACAGUCUGUUAAAACUCUGUGUGAAGUAUAAAUCAGAAGUAAAGAUACAAUCGUCUGACAUUUGUAGGUUUGUGCCUCUAUCCUCGUUAGCCAGUUUGCCAAAAAAUAAUUCCCGACCAAGUUUAUACCUUUUUUUUUUUUUUAAGGAUCCAUUGAAAUACGUGACUCUGAGAUGGCUCGAUCAGAGGGUUUACAGGCCUUGAUAUGAACUUCACUUUGUGAGAAAGGUGAAAUGAAAUGUGCUCACAAAAGGGGGAUGUGUCCCCUUAGUGUCAAGGGAUGAGGGGACAUGAAAUACUUGCAAUUGCGAUUCUGCUAUUAUAGCACACAUGUCUGAACACAGCAGAUUUUGUGUUUACUUUGGCAUGCUGCUGGAUUAAGAGUUGGGCGGCUUAAGUUAAAUGAAAUUGGCACGUUUACACAUGAAAAAUGGCUGUUAUGACUAAAUCAACAUUUUUAAUUUCCCUGAAUACACACAGGCUUAUUAGCUGUAGCCUAGCCUGUAACUGACUACUCAGCCUAUGCAGAGGUUGCUGAGCAUCACUGUCUAGUAACUACCAAAUUUACCUCAACGUGUUAACGUUGUGACAUGAGAAGUUGUUUUUCUACAGUGUGUUUCCAGUUAAACUGCCACGAAAGCAAUCCAUGUGUGUCCUUCUUCCUCUGCUCAUUAUCUAAAUCAAGCAGUACAAAAUCUUUGCAAAAUGAUGUAACGUAAUGUAUCCUCGGGUGUCAUUGUGAAAGGAGCUGUGUUUGACAUUCUAAACAUUAAUAUUGCAGCAAACAGCGAUUUGUUAUGUAAAGAUAUUUUGGAGUAAUGUCUACCUGAAGAGAAUGAAGCCUCUGCGUGUGUUGUUGUCCGAGCUCUUCUCUUUGCUUUGUUGACAUAGCCGGGCCAGCCAAGCGUGCUUUUAGUGCAUGUUUGUGCAUGUGAGCGUGCUCCACUAGUUGGCUCACCGCGGCUGUACUGCACUACUGCGCUCAUACGCCGGUUACAGCUGAUAACUGUGGUGGAAGCGUAGCGCCCACCCCGAGGUUCCCCCUCAGGUAAACCCAGUUGGCUCUGUCGGCACUAUCGUCGUAGUUUGCACUGUUAGCAUCGUUAGCUAUGAGCCUAAGUUAAAGUAAGCAAGCACUCUUUCAAUGUUUUCAUGGGCACCUGACUAUUAUUUUAAGACAAACCUGUCCUUUUUAACGCAUUUAACUUUUUGUUCUCAAGGACAUGAAAGUUGACUUAGUUUCUUGUUGUUUUUUCGACAACCCUGAUUGCCAAAACACACCCUUGUAUGCAAUAUGUCAUCACUGUCGUUUGGUUGGUUGAGAAUAGCUUUGCUUCAGACGUGAGGAUGUUGGGCAUAUACAUGGCCGCAUAGUCUAGGACUGUGAAAUGACUGACGCUGUCUUGUUUGUCCAAUCAACAUUGAAGUAAGCACUGUUUUUUACAUAAUCACAGAGCAUAUAAUUUCCUAUGUAGCAUGGAUACAUUUGCAAUACUAAUCGCGGUACAUCCUAGAACCUGCAGUAGAAGGGAUUUGCAUUGUUUCCUCCUGUCCCAGAGUUAAACAUGUCUCCAAACGUUGCUCUCAUGGAAGUACAAGAUUUCAGGAUACAGUGAGAAUGCGGACUAUAUUUUUUCUUCACAUUUGGUAAUAAUUAGCAGAUUCAAAUCAUCUGAAGGAUUAUUUUUUCCAGUAGGUUUUUCUGCGAGGCUUAUUCUGAUGAAUUGUGAAUGUAUUCCCUCUGUGUAAUUUAUGCUGCUAAUUUAUGCAGAAUGAAUGUAACCUUUUCGUUUCCUUGAAUGAUUAGUGCUUAAAGGACGAAAGUGAGUGGUACUCCGAAGCCAGUGAUGUCACGGGUUCCCACCCCUCCUCCUCCUGGGGAGAUGUCAAGUGGACCUGUGGCAGAGAGCUGGUGUUACACACAGGUCAAAGUGGUGAAGUUUUCCUACAUGUGGACCAUAAACAACUUUAGUUUUUGCAGAGAAGAAAUGGGGGAGGUGCUGAAGAGCUCCACCUUCUCCUCUGGCCCUAAUGACAAGAUGAAAUGGUGUCUGCGAGUCAAUCCUAAGGGACUUGAUGAUGAAAGCAAAGAUUAUCUGUCAUUGUAUUUACUUCUUGUUAGUUGUCCAAAAAGUGAAGUCAGAGCAAAGUUCAAGUUUUCUUUGUUGAACGCUAAAAGAGAAGAGACAAAAGCGAUGGAAAGCCAAAGAGCAUAUAGAUUUGUCCAAGGCAAAGACUGGGGCUUCAAAAAAUUCAUAAGGAGAGAUUUCCUCCUUGAUGAAGCCAAUGGACUCUUACCAGAUGACAAGCUCACCCUGUUCUGUGAGGUAAGCGUUGUCCAGGACUCAGUUAACAUUUCGGGCCAGUCCAACAUGAACAUGCUGAAGGUGCCAGAGUGUCAGCUGUCUGAUGACCUGGGGAACCUGUGGGAGUGUUCACGCUUCACAGACUGCAGUCUCUAUGUGGGAGGGCAGGAGUUCAAAGCCCACAAAUCCAUCCUUGCAGCGAGGUCACCAGUCUUUAAUGCUAUGUUUGAACAUGAAAUGGAGGAGAGUAAAAAGAACCGUGUUGACAUCAGUGACGUAGACCCAGAUGUCUUUAAGGAAAUGAUGGGCUUCAUUUAUACGGGAAAAGCCCCAAACCUGGAGAAGAUGGCAGACAAUUUGCUGGCAGCUGCAGAUAAAUACGCUCUGGAGCGUUUAAAGGUCAUGUGUGAAGAGGCCUUGUGCAACAGCCUUUCCGUGGAGAAUGUGGCCGACACCCUCAUCCUAGCAGACUUGCACAGCGCCGAGCAGCUCAAAGCACAAGCCAUAGAUUUUAUCAACAGGUGCAGUGUCCUGAGACAGCUGGGCUGUAAAGAUGGAAAGAACUGGAAUAGCAAUCAUGCUACAGACAUAAUGGAGACUGCAGGCUGGAAGUCAAUGAUCCAAUCCCAUCCUCACUUGGUAGCCGAGGCCUUUCGUGCCCUGGCGUCAGCACAGUGCCCACCCUUUGGUCUUCCCAGGAAGCGUCUAAAACAGUCCUGACUGCCUGACUGUGCCCCGGGACUUUACUGGAGGUGUGAAGCGUGGGUUUACAAAGGACGGACUAGUGAGGAUACCACUCUUUUAUUUCCACCAAAACUGAACACACUUGAAUAAACGAAGAGUGGAGCUUUCUGGCCAGGGAUUUUGGGGGAGGCUGGCACGCGGACAUCAAUGGAUUGGGGGAAAGAAAAAAUUGGUAAAAUUGGUGUCGCUUGCUUGCUUUGCUGCCCCAACUGAAUUCCGUUUCAGCCCGGGUAGCAAGACAAGCUGUCUGCUACUGUUUUUUUUUUUUUUUGUUUUUUUUUCUCCUGUAAUUUUAAAAAUGGCCUUAAUAUAUCUGCCAUUGCUCUGGAGCUGCUCCAGAGUACUUUGUCUAUUUUACUCUGUGCCUGCCUUGUCACAAAGACCAGGCCACCUCCAGGUUGCACUAGUUCCCAUGAAUAGUCAUUUUGAUAUGGAGUUCUAUAGGAACGUAACAAAGGUUUAACUAAAUGGGAAAUAUUAUAUAUUUGUAAUGUUUAGCCCGUUUUGUGACUAGACAUUAAAAAGCAUGAACACUUUCAGUGCAAGGUCAGUUCUUUACACUUUUUAAAAUGUGUAUGCCCCAUAUUGAUGGCACCAUUUCUAUGUAAAUGACAGUUGAACCAUCUUCAGAAGACCAGUGUACAAGAAAGUCUGUUCUAUUGCAUAUUUGUGGGGAAAAAAUUGUAAUCUGCCAUUAUGAAGACCCAGCGUCAGUCCUUCCAAUUCACGUAAGACAGAAAAGUGUCUCUACUUUGGCCCUGCUAUAUUAAAACAUUGGAAGUAUUUACUCCCGUCUCCCAUUUGAAUGACAUAUUCCAGAUCAUACGUCUGUGAACUGUUCUAGAUUAAAUUUUUGAGAAUUUCUGUCUUUAGUACUGCCAACUUGCAAAUAUUAUAUAUUCUCAAUAUAUUGUGGUAACUAAAAGUGGAGAGACUAAUGCAUGGUCAUGUUAUUGUCAACGAAAGUGUCCAAGUACCAAUUUUGUUUUUUAACAGUUUUAUUUUCUGCAAUUAUCUGACACAUUUGUGCAGAAUGAAAUGAAUUUGAGUAUGUGCAAAAAGAAUAUCCUCUGACAUGCUUUGGACAUUCGUAGGAUGCUGAGCAUCACUUCUACUGGCAAUGUUAUUCUGUGUUUGAAUGGGGGGGGGGGUUGGGGGUUGUCAUGUUUAUUCAGUCCGUCUCGUAUGUAGUGUGGUGUGACCGACACUUCAGAGGAUUUUGUAAAUUAAAAGAGUAGCAUCGUUUUUACAUGAUAUUGCUCAUCAUUCAGAGUCAUGUUGAGAUGUUGAAACUUCUUUUUGUUUGGAAGCAGAAAAGACGAAGUUGUGGUCUGCAAGAAUGCCUGCAUUAACCCAUUAAACCAUUUUCCAGCA